AUGCGUGACCUCACCCUGCAGGGGGAGAGAGCGGACUACGAUCGGGACAUUGCUGAGUCCGCCAAGCUCCUAAGUGGGGGCCGCUGCUGGAGCUCCCCUCUUCUGCUGAAGUUUGAAGCCUUCUGCUCGGGGGGCCUGGUGCACGGCUGGAGCCUGCAGGUCCAGGGGCAGGAGGACUCGGCGGAGGACAAGUUUGAAAUCAACUUCGUGGCUGAGUCCGGGGAUAUCGCCUUCCAUGUGAAGCCCCGGUUCUCCAGCUCCACUGUGGUGGCCAAUGCGUGCCAGGGCGGCCACUGGGGCCCCGAGGAGGUGUCCAGCGUCUUCCCACUGGCCCUGGGGGAGCCCUUUGAGCUGGAGGUCCACUCCGAUGUGGCAGGCUUCCACGUGCAGGCCCAAGCCCUGCCAGUGCUGUGGUUCCCGCACCGCCACUGGCCCCUGGCGGAGGUCACCCGGGUGCAGGUGCUGAGUGGAAACUGCCUGGCCGGAGUUCAGCUCUCCAAGGGCCCCAGCUGGGGGUGA